UAUUUUCUGGGCCGUCUAUUUUCUGAAGUACUGUACUAAAUUAAAAUAUAACUUGUUGAUGCACAGAAAAUUUUAGAAGAAAACAACAAAAUCAGGCGGCAGGGCGGAGAACAUACAUUUUAUAAUGGAGAUGGCGGGAGAUGCAAUUUUUGUUUGGAGGUGGCCGCUUUGCCGGCUUAACUCACCCCUAACUUGUAAUUAGCCUAAAAUAUGACAGCAGAUUGAAAGAUUUGUAGAUAAAUCAAAUUCUGGAGAUUGAUUUUGGAUUUGGCCUUCUGUUCCCCCUCCUUUGCGCGGAAGACGAUGUCAUGAUUAUUCUGGUUUCUUUGAUUUCCAAGUUGGCAUGCAAUAGACCUGUAGCAAACAACAAACAAGGUCUAUUUCAAUUCUUUACAAGUUUAAAGGUGAUCAACUGAGGUCGACAUUCAUUCAGUUUCAUUUUUGCCAGAAGAUUUCAUAUAAUGCAGAGGCAUGAUGCUUCAAGUUCUGAGACAAAAUCCAAUGUAUUUGAUGCAGAAAAGAUCCAUCCACACACUGAUGCUAGUCGUGUAUUCUCUUCUAUGCUUGAAUCUCAAAGUUUCCCCCCUUCUACAUCUGUUGAAGAUCCUAGUCGUGGAUCAAACAGAGGACAUGAUCCUAUACAAAAAUUUGAAGACACUGACAUGGGUUUAGAACUUCUUAGCAAACCUGAAUCCAAUAGUGUGUCCAUACCCAUAAAUAAUGAAGAUUCUAUUACAGAAUCCACAGAAGAUGGUUCUUACAUUACAACAAAAAGUGAUACCUUCUCUUUGCUUAAUGAAAAUAAUAUUAUGACAGAGUCUCUGUCUACAGAGGAUGCAAAAUUUGUAUCAAAAAAGGAUUCGGAAAUUGAUGGUUUUGAUAGGACAACAAUUGGUAGAGAAGCAUUUUUUAUUGAUCAGAGUCUGGAAAUGCACAGUACUGAAGCUAAAAAUGAACAGGACAUGGAGUUUGAAACUACAGACAGGGAUGUGAAUCUGGUUGAAGAGAAUGGGGAACAAGCUAACGAAGCAGAAGACAUUGAUUCAAAUGCUAAUACAUGGCCGGAGAAGAGCGAGGAAGAGUCUUUAAGCUUGCAAGUAAAUACCGAUUUAGUUUCUGCAAUUGUUAUAGACAAGGAUCAAGGGAAUUCAGAUCUUGGCGAAAAAAAUAGUCUUCUUGGUCAGUCAGUUACUGUUUCUGCAACUGAGCAGGAGAAACAAAGCAACACUGCUGAAGAGGAACUUGUGCUUGUUUCAGGCCAAGAUCGUCCUCAAACUCCUCCUGUAAGUGGAGCUGCCUAUGACCAAAUGAUUACCAGGCAAGAAUUGCUUUCCAGUGGCCCAAAUGCUAUUAUUGAACAAUCAAUGUUGGAGCAGGAACAGUCAUGUCUUCCUUUGCUGCCAUCGGGAGAAAAGGAUAGUCUGGAAGCGAGUGAUCAGAAUGAAAAGCAACAAACACAUAUUGAGACAGUUAAGUUGUCAUUUGCUACUAACGAAACAGAUAUAGUUCCUGGCAGAGAAGUUAUUGAACCAGUAGAGUUGCCUUUGGCCACUGAUGAAAAGUCACAUACUAAUGAGGAAUCACCUGUCAUGGAGAAAACAGAUGACGCUACGACGGAGGCUAAUGAUACUGUUGCAGGGAUCGGUAUACAACAAUACGCUGAUAUAGUUGAGUCAUCUUUUAUUAGUAAUGAAACAAACAAUAUGUAUAAAGAAAGCUCUGAGAAUGUUAUGUUGCCUUCUCAAAUUGAUGAAACGGAAGGGGUCUCUAAUGAAUGUUUCAAAGCAGUUGAGCAGCUCUUUGCUGUUGAUGUAACUGAAAGCUUGGUGAUGCAAACAGAUGCUUCAAGUUUUGAGACAAAAUCCAAUGUGUUUGAUGCAGAAAAGAUCCAUGCAGACACCGAUGCUAGUUGUGUACUCUCUUCUAUGCUCGAAUCUGAAAGUUCGUUUUCUUUUACAUAUGUUGAAGAUUCUAGUCGUGGACGAAACGGAGGACAUGAUCCUAUACAGAAACUUGAAGACAGUGAUAUGGGUUUAGAACUUUAUAGCACCGCUGAAUCCAAUAGUGUGUCCAUCCCCACGGAUAAUGAAGAUUUUAAUGCAGAAUCCACAGAAGAUGGUUCUUUCAUGACGACAAAAAGUGAUACCUUUUCUUUGCUUCAUGAAAAUAAUAUUUUGACCGAGUCUCAGUCUACAGAGGAUGCAAAAUUUGUAUCAAGAAAGGAUGAGGAAAUUGAUGAUUUUGACAGGACAACAAUCGGCGGAGAAGCACAUUUCAUUGAUCAGAGUUUGGAAAUGCACAAUGCUGAAUCUAAAAAUGAAAAGGACACGGAGCGUGAAGUUACAGAUCGGGAUGUGAAUCUGGUUGAAGAGAAUGGGGAAGAUGCUAGCGAAGCAGAAGACAUUGAUUCAAAUACCAAUACAUGGCUGGAGAAUUCCGAGGAAGAGUCUUCAAGCUUGCAAGUAAAUACUUGUUUGGUUUCUGCAAUUGUUAUAGACAAGGAUCAAGGGAAUUCAAAUCUUGGCGAAGAAAAUAGUCCUUCAGUGACUGUUUCUGCAACUGAGCAUGAGAAGCAACAAAGUAACACUGCGGAAGAGGAACCGGUGCUUGUUUCAGGCGAAGAUCGUACUCAAACUCCUCCUGAAAAUGGAGCUGCCUAUGACCAUAUGAUUACCAGGCAAGAAUUGCCUUCCGAUGGCCCAAAUGCUAUUUGUGAACAAUCAAUGUUGGAGCAGGAACAGCCAUGUCUUCCUUUACUGCCAUUGGGAGAAAAGGACAGUCUGGAAGGGAGCGAUCAGAAUGAAAAACAACAAAAACAUAUGGAGACAGUUGAGUUGUCAUUUGCUAAUAACGAAACAGAAUCAGUACCUCCAAGAGAAGGUAGUGAACCAGUUGAGUUGCUUUUGGUCACUGAUGAAAAGUUACAGACUAAUGAUUGUGAUCAACUUGAGGAAUCAUCUGUCAUUGAGAAAACAGAUGACGCUAUGAGGGAGGCUACUGGUGCUGCUGCAGGGAAUGGUAUACAACAAUACCUUGAGACAAUUGAAUCAUCUGUAAUUAUUAAUGAAACGAACGAUAUGUGUAAAGAAGGCUCUGAGAAUGUUAUGUUGCCUCCUCAGAUUGAUGAAACGGAAGGGGUUUCUAAUGAAUGUUUCAAAGCAGUUGAGCAGCUCUCUGCUAUUGAUGAAACAAAAGGUGGUCUUGUAGCUGAGGCACCGAGUGACGAGCAACAACCAAAUGAGAUGAUAGAGGAGAGAUCAGGCAUUGAGAAAUUGCCAGAAGCUGUAAGAGAUUAUCAAGGUCAAAUUAAGAGUAUUUUUCUCAAUGGUUCUGAGGAAUUGCCAAAAUCUAUUUCUUUGGACGAGAGCAAUGCAAAUGAUGGCCCAACAAUUAAUUUGCAUGGAGAUUCUACAGUUCAAGGAGGCGCACAGAUCAAUGGAGGUGGUGCAAAGGCUGGGGAACCUGAUUUUGUAGAUAAGGUUGCAGCAUACCCAAAUGAUGAUGAGCAACAACCAAAUGAGAUGAUAGAGGAGAGAUCAGCCAUUGAGAAAUUGCCAGAAGCUGUAAGAGAUUAUCAAGGUCAAAUUGAGAGUAUUUUUCUCAAUGGUUCUGAGGAAUUGCCAAAAUCCAUUUCUUUGGACGAGAGCAAUGUAAAUGAUGCUCCAACAAUCAGUUUGCAUGGAGGUUCAUCUCCUACAGUUCAAGGAUGCGCACAGAUCAGUGGAGGUGGUGUAAAGAUUGGGGAACCUGAUUUUGUAGAUGAGGCUGCAGCAUACACAAAUGAUGAUGACGAGAGCUCUGUAAUGAAAAAUGAAGUACUGGCAAAAACAAUGUCACAGGCUUCUGAUCAGGGCUUCGAAACCUUAAGAAUGGACAGAGGUCUUACUGAAAACAUAUUGAUUCCUGAGCAAUGGAAUGAAGAAAAGUUACAGUUACAGAUAAGCGAGGUAAUGGCAAAAACUGCUUCCGAGAUGCUCUCCAGUAGCAAUUUCUCGGAGCCUCUUGGAGCAACAGCUGAAGAACAAUUUACCAGUUCCACCACUGAAAUUCCUAAGAAUUCCUCUCCGACAUCAAGCUUUGGAACAUUUCUUACCCAUAGAGGUCAAGAGUCCCAAGAUCUACAAACCUUUGAAGUAGAUAACAAAGCCUCUACAUUAGUAAGGGAAAAGGUUCUCAAUAUACGUGCAGAGAAAAGGGCUUCAAUUUGGGAUUGCUGCGGUGUUUGGAAUUGGUUGCAUGCUCAUGAAGAUUAGGCUUCCAUUCUUGCCUUCCAGAAUUUUGUUUCAAUGGAAAAUGAACAUAGAAUUUCAUUUCAGAAGGAAUUUGAUUACAGUCAUGCACUUAAGGCCUCUUAAGGGAAAACAAAUUUGUUGAAGGCGGACGCAAGAAACAAGCCUUGCUUCAUGAAGACUUGCUUAUGUUUUUCUUUAAUGUUGGAGAGAAUUUUGUUUGCUGCUGUACAUGACCAUACUUAUUGAUUCUUCGUAUUAUAAGAUUUGUUUCUGCAGGGUAGGGAAUCUGUAACGAGUUGUAAGAGUAGUAUGAAGGCCUUUAAAAGAGACGAUUUUUUAAGUGGAUGCAAAGUUGUAAACAUAAUUUGAUAGCCACAUAUUUGUGCUGCGUGUCAUUCA